AUGCCUGGGACAACUACGAUAGGGCUCCGUCGGAUCGCUCCAGCCCCUGAUGUCCCCGACGAAACGACCAUCGAUAUUAUCGCAAUCCACGGUUUGGGCACCGAGUCGCCACGGACAUGGGAGUUCAGGAGGAAAGGAGGAGGCGGGGUGGUGAACUGGCUGUCAGAUCGCGACAUGCUGCCGGCGGCUCUACCUGAGGCCCGUAUAUACACCUACGACUGGAACGCAAACUACUUCGAAGAUGCGCCCGUACAAACGCUUCUCGGCCAUGCCGACACGCUGCUCGGUCUUGUUUCCGAAGGCCUCGGUCCGCAAAUGCGACCGAUCAUCUUCAUCGCCUCUUGUUUCGGCGGCCUUGUCCUGGCCGAGGCUAUUAAUCGAGCGGCCCAGCAGGGCAGCGCCUACCGACAUAUUCUGCUUUCCACUAUCGGGAUCGUGUUUCUCGCCACUCCGUUCCACGGCACCGAUGCUGCCAAGCAGGCUCGGUGGCAGGUGCUGGUUGCCGGUAUUAUGGGAGAGCAGGCCUCCGAUCAGCUCAUACAAGACCUCGAGCAGAAACACGACUUGGUUCGUCAGCGCGUCCAGAAAUUCACCGAGAUCGCGAAGGCCGAGGCGGUUCGACUGCCGCUGUAUUGCUUCUUCGAAACCAAGAAGACGGAGCUGUUGAGACGCAUUUUAUCGCCGCGUUGGGCGAAGACGCUGGCUACGGGAGUGACCCACAAGAUCGUACGUUAA